AUGGAUAGAGCAAAAGAAGAUCAUAAUAUUAAAUAAAAGGCAUCGACUCCUUCUUUUUUAAUUAAAACCUACGACAUUUUGGAAGUAAACAAAUUACGUCUACAUAUUAAUUAGAAUCCUGAUUAUAAUGAAAUUAUAUCAUGGAAUGAGGAGGGCACAGCAUUCGUUGUAAAAAAUGUUAAUGAAUUGGCUGAGAAAGUAUUGCCUAACCACUUUAAGCAUAAUAAUUAUGCAUCAUUUGUAAGAUAAUUGAAUAUGUAUGAUUUUCAUAAAAUGAAAAAUGAAGGGGGAGAUAAUGAAUUUAGACAUAAAUAUUUUUAGAGAGGAAAUAAGUAAUCAUUAAUUCCUAUGUCACAAAGGCAUUUACUGUGUGAAAUCAAGAGAAAGCAGGGAGAACAGGUCGAGUAGUUUGACGAAAGAAAUUAAAAUUCAAGUUAGAAUUCCAAUAAUUCAAUGGAAGUAGAUAUGUCCAAACUAAAAAAUGAUUAUUAAUUUUUUCUCAAUGAAAUGCUCGGCAUUAAGGGAAAGUAACACGAAUUAUAGAAGGCCCUGAUCUUAAUCAUGACCCAAAACGACCAUCUGAUCAAUGAAAAUAAAUUAUUAUGGCAAGAAAUCAAACGAAUCAGAGAGACUGACGAGAGAAAAAUUGAUACAUUGUCUUACUUAUUAGCCACCUUGAUUACCAAUAUGAAUUAAUCCUAAAACCAAUAAACAGUUCAGCAACUCGUAGGUGUGUAAGUGCCACCACAGACUUAGAUCCCUCCACAAGAACCAAAUAAUCAUAUUGAUCAGCAGUUUAAUAAUCUCUUGAAUCUUCAACAAUUGAAUCAAAACAAACCUGGACAGCAAAAGGAUUAAAAGCAGCUCCAAGAACAUAAUUCUUUUCUGGAAAAAAUUAUGAAAACCUAAUAACAACAAGAAUAACAAUUGCAAUCAAGUAUCUAUUUAUCCGCUAUAUAAUAAGUCAAACAAGACAUUUCCUAAUAUGAUAAUAGUUAUAUGAAGAAACAAUGCUAAAACCAAUUUUAAAGACAACCACAACACAUGGAUUCAAAUUUCAUGGUUUAACAGAAUAGUUAGGCCUUGAUCUAAUAACUCAUGAGCUUGUCCUAAUAAUAGCAAUCGCAGUAGCAAUAGCCAUAAGGACAAUAGUUCUAGAACAAUUUUUAGAAUUAUUUUGGGUAAAAUAAGGGAAAUGAAAAUUUUAGAGGAUUCCCAUAUAUAUGA